UUAAUCAAAGUAAAAGAAGAAACAAUCGAACAACCAAGACUCAAGAUGUCUGAAGAAAAACGUAGCGAGACCUACCGUUUGCCCGCGGAUUCCUCCGACUCAUCGGAUUUGUCUCCAUCCGACAGAUACAACACUCCAAACCCGACGCCUUCGAAAUUUCAUACAGAAUCGAGUCCCAGCAUGAGUAGUCUGAUAGAAAGGUUGAGGCAGUUGCGAGUGAAGACGCCCGUGGCGCCCAGGGUACCCUUUCCUACUCCUGUUAAACUAUCUCCCACUGACUCUUCCGAGUCGUCCUCGAGCAAAGACACCAAGCUACCCAUCUGUAGUGGGCCUGAUCUGAUGAAGAUGUUAGAAAUACAUAUCAAUACGCGUUUAUCGAUUUCUGAAGAACAAUGCAGUCCAGUUCAAGGCAGCUACAGUAUCGACGACGAAACGUUGAAGACGAUGCUAGCCAAAGAACAUAAACGUCGCCAGAUGAAAAAUUGGGAAUUAGACAAGGAGAAAUUAGUUGAAGGGAAGAGCGAAAUGAUCUUGAGUCCGCUUUUAAGUCGCCGUUUGAAAAAGAAUCGAAAGUUCUUCGCGGACAUCCCACCUCUGGAAGAAACUGAUUCACCGCAGUCAAGUGUGGACAGCUCUCUCCGGGUUGAAACUGGUUCACCUCUGUUAAUCGACUGUCCCCCGGAAUGUGAGCCAGCUCGUCAUGACGAUGAACUGGCAUUCUUAUCACAUAGCUUGCACAACAUCUCCAGAGCGUUUUCGGAAUUAUUGUCGUUUAAUAGAGAUAUUGUGGGAUGCGAAGUUAGUGACAAAGAGAGUAGCGAAAAGUUGGAUACGAAUAUAUCGAUGGAAGAAGAGAAAUUUAGGCAGGCUAUAGACAUUUACUUGGGAGAUACCGUGAGUUACGCGCAGAAAGAGAUGGUGUUCGAUAGCUAUAUGAGUAGCAUUAAUUUGAACAAAUCUGAAGAUUUUAUCAAAUCUAGUAACAAUAAGUACGUGACGUCUAACCAGAAUCCCGAAGAGAACAGAGAGGACGAUCUUGUUAGUAAAUUCUUGUCUAGGGUUUCUUUGAAAGAUCUGGAUGAGGAUCGAAGAGAGGCGAAUUUGAAGGUUAAAAUGGUCGAAGAGAAGAUCGUGGAUGAGAAUAUGUCCAAAGAAGAAGGAAGCAUCAUGUCUCCAAGCGGAACGUGUAUUGAAUCUCCCAAUAGAGACAUUUUUCUGAAAAAAAGUUGCUCCGAAUCCGAUAUUUCAAACAGUCCUAAAACCAACGAUGACGUUAUAUCCGAAGAGUAUAUCAAAAGGUUGGAUAGAUCUCAGUCGAUGACGGACGAGUUAACACGCGCCGGGUCCUACUCAGAGCUAUCAACGAAUUUUAAUAUGCAGAUCGAAGAGAGGGAUACUGACACUUUCAAAUUGAUAAAUUUUUUUGAUACAACUAAUGAUCAAGAAAGCUCUGAUGACCUCAUAAAUUUUUCGAUAGUUCCUAUACAGAAAUCGCCUGGCUCGGUUGAUUCUUUGACGAGUCCAAAAGAAGAUACAAAUAAUGAUCAAAGAGAUUUGAAAUCAUAUGUUAGUGACAAUUAUAACGAAGAUUUGAAUAAAAGCGGUGAAGAUAAUGUUGCGAGCGUUUAUUAUUCAGUCAGCUCUCGCGAGAGCAUUGGUUUAAACGAAUUUCUCAGUGAAGUAGACAAUAUAAAGGAUUCUUCUAUUGAUUCGAGUGAACGAGAGUUGUUGAUAGACACGAGUCAUAAAAAUUGUGUUCCAUUGCCUGACGAAGAAGAUGAAGUUUUCGAAAAUUUUGGUUUGGUCGAGACUUUUAAGAAGGAGGCCUAUUUCCAUUCGUUUCUGAGAAGAGUGAUGAAGAGAGAAUGGAUACGUUCGAUCAGAAAAUCGAGGAAUUCGCCAGAGAUAAUGACGGAUGCUGAAAAUGAUAAGAAGAAAUCGGAGGAAGCGAAAAAGGAAGAUACGCCGUCUUCGUCGAUGCAGAAAGAUGACGGCAGUGAUCUAAAAUCGGCGAAGUAUUACGAAAAGGAAGAAUGUCUGAAAAUAAAAUUUAAGAAGAGGGAGCCUAAGAUAUUGGAAGAGAGAAAUUCAGGUAAUCUGUAUCGUGUCGAUUUGUUUUAGAAAAAGAUGAAGAAAUUUAGUCUCGUCGCGUUGUAAAUGUACAAUUGAAAAUGUACAAUUGCAGAUGUAUCGUUUGACGUCGGAAAUCUGUGUAUAACAUUUUUAUUUGA